AUGCUUUCCCUUGUCCCUUCGCUCACUUUUAAUAAACCAGUCAAGCCGUUCGGAGAUCAAUCCAAGGACCUCGACCAACGCUGGCUCGCUGCCUCCAACCAUGUCUCUGCAGCAGAUAUCCGUUUACUCUUUUUCAAGCUCAUCUACUUCACCCCGACCAUCAGGCCUCAGGGGUGGGAUCAAGAAGGGAUUUCCGCCAACACGUGUUCUCGCACCUUACAAAGCGAGGAGACAGUAGUGAAUAGCACAGCCACGUGGGCGGAGCGCCGGCUGGCAACCGAGCCUAUCGGUUUAGCCCGCCCCGGAUCUCUCAAGUUAACGAACAUAGCACCGUAUAAACUGCCCUGCCUGAUCGCCUCUGAGCCUAUAACAGGACAGCCUGUUCAAAUUCUCGCCAUGUUGAGCUACAACCACUAUGAAUACCAUUACAACACAUACCCCACGGCUGUCGCAUCUGAUAGAUGUGUGCCCGUUUCAAAUCCGCUCCUCUCUCAUGAGAGCUACUAUGUUCCUAAUGGAUAUGUCGACGAGUGCGGGAUAUCUAGCUCACAGCCCGUCCCUUCUGUAAAGCCCAAUACAGCAUUCCCUCAGCAAACACCUUUCGCACCUUCCCAAGUGCAAUACCAGGCCUACGAAUAUAGUCUUACAAACAUCUGUAGCUAA